UGGGCUCUAGUCGCGAAUCUCUGCACGUCGCCUAUCGAUCCGGGACAGGGUGCACAGCGAAUGCCAGGCCAGGCCAGGCCAGGCCAGGCCAUGACACGCCACGACACGCUAGUUCAGGCCAAGCGAAGCAAAGUUAGCGUCUCACGACUCCGCCUCGGAGACGCCACGGCCUCGAGAAUCGGCGCCUGUGCAAUUUCCCCGCUAGCCUGCACACACCCAAAGGUGCGUCCUACGCGGGCGGUCGUGCGGACGUGCGGGCGAGCUACCUGCAGUCGCCUACUCAUUUGGCGCCCAGCCGGACAGAGAGUGGCUCCACUGCGGCCCGAGUGUGAAACUCGCGGCUGA